AUGAAUAUUUCUUGUCUCAAAUGUACAAUCAAUCGACAAAUAGUUAAAGUUUAUAAUUGGAAGCGUUAUGUUUCCGAUAGUAGUACAAUUAAUUACAGUUCAAAAGAGCCACAAUUUGGUUUUCUUUUCGAUAUCGAUGGUGUAUUAACACGUGGAAGAAAAUUAUUACCAUAUACUCGUGAUGCAUUUCGUAAACUUGUAACUUCAUCUGGACGUUUUCGUGUUCCAACUGUUUUUGUUACAAAUGCUGGUAAUGAAUUACGUUCAUCAAAAGCAGCAAAACUUUCACAAAUUCUUGGAAUUCCUGUUUCACCGGAACAAGUUAUUAUGUCACAUAGUCCAUUGAAAAUGUAUACUGAAUUUCAUAAAAAACAUUGUUUAAUUAGUGGUCAAGGACCAAUUGCUGAUAUAGCAAAAAAUUUAGGUUUUACUAAAGUUACAACUAUUGAACAAUUAUGUGAUGCAUUUCCUAAUCUUGAUAUGGUUGAUCAUAAAAAACGACGAGGAUUUCAUUCACCAUUUCGUGAUUAUUUCUUACCAAUUGACGCUAUUGUUUUAUUUGGUGAACCAGUUAGAUGGGAAACAUGUCUACAAUUGAUAAUUGAUGUUUUAAUGACAAAUGGAAAUCCUUCAUCACCUAUUAUUCGUCCACCUAUUUCACAUUUACCUAUUUUAGCAUCAAACGCCGACCUUUUAUGGAUGGCUGAAGCUGCUUUACCAAGAUUUGGCCAUGGAUCAUUCAUGCAUUGCUUGGAAAACUUGUACAAAAAAAUAUCUGGUCAUCCUUUACAAUAUACUGCAAUCGUUGGUAAACCAAGUGAAAUAACGUAUUAUCACGCAGAAUAUCUUAUAUCUCGUCAUGCAUACGAUCUUGGUUAUAAACAACCAAUAAAACGUAUAUAUGCUGUUGGUGACAAUCCAGAUACGGAUGUAUUCGGUGCAAAUGUUUAUAAUCGUUAUUUACAAACUCGAGCAUUAUCAAAAUUAAAACAAGUUGUUACAAAAACAGCUACCGGUAGUUUAACAUCGAAUGCAUCACCAAUGCUUGAUACAAAUGUAUGGAGUAAUUCAAAUGCUGUUGAAUUAGUUGCUGCUGAUGCUGAACAUUAUUAUUCAGCAGAAAAUAUUCAAUCAAUACUUGUCUGUACAGGUGUAUAUAAUCAUGAUGCUUAUGAUGAAACAUCUAGUAUUAAUCAUGGUCAUCGUGAUAUGAUUAUUGAUCCCGAAUUAAAAAAACCAAAAUAUACAGUUGAACAUGUUUUAGAUGCUGUGAAACUAGUUUAUGAUGUUGAACAAUUUCAUUAG